AUGCAAAUUCUAACUUUGUUAACAAGCUUUGUGUUGGCAAAUGCAGUGGUUGGUUCGCCAGGGGAUCAAUUGGAUGAGUUCAUAGAUUGUAUAUGUGCUUGUGAGUACGAUAGAAAAUGUGCAGGCUCGGGGAUAAAUUACAUUGAUCCCAACACUAACGAAUUCCAUAAUGUCAAUUUUGUCUCGAUGAUAGACGGUCGAAAGACAUUCUUGAGCUCGAUGGUUUCGAAAGCCACUUUUUGGGACUGUAUGUCUGAAUGUGACUACGAGUGCCAGCAAAUAAUCACAUAUGACCGCAUAAGAAAGAAUAAGAAGAUUUUGCAAUUCCAUGGGAAAUGGCCAUUUAAGAAGAUAAUGGGGUUCCAAGAGUUUUUUGCUAGUAUAUUCAGUAUAGGUAAUUUUAUCCCCCAGUACCGUGGGUAUAAGUUGAUCCAGAAAAGACUGGAGCGGAACUCCAAGAGGGCUGUCACGGAUGUGUUCUACGAGAUGAUGUUGAGAAACUAUAUGUGGGUGUCGAUAAUGGGAAUGUUAGCGUGGACGUCAAGCACCGUUUUCCAUCUGCGCGACUUGGUAGUUACUGAGAAGUUUGAUUAUUUCUUUGCAGGCGGUACCGUGCUGUCGGGCUUCCACGCGAUCCUGACAAGACUGAUAUACAAGCAUGUCGCGGAGGAGAGGAGGUACCGGUACAUGAAGAUUGUGAGUGGACUAGUGGUGACCAUAUUCACCUGCCACAUACUGAGACUGUACAUCGACUGGUCCUAUCGCUACAACAUGAAGUUCAACAUAUUCUUUGGUGUGUUGCAGUACAUAGUCCUGAUAUACGUUGGGAUUGAUAACUACAUAGAGAUCCAGCGGGUACGCAACGGCAGCAAGACGGAGGACAAGUCGAAGCUGCAAGCAAGCGUGUUCAAGUUGAGCUACUUGCCAAUUCUGCUGGUGCUGUUCACCUCGAUGUCAAUGAGUCUCGAGCUAUUCGACAGGUUCUCCAUCAAAUGGCAGCUGGACUCGCACGCUACGUGGCAUCUGCUAACCAUAGUACCUAGCUGGUACCUGUUCGAUUUCUUCUUGGCAGACCUAGACUUCGCGCUACACAGAAGAAACGAGUAA